AUGAAAGGUUUAAUUUUAGUCGGUGGUUACGGUACCAGAUUGAGACCGUUAACUUUGACUGUCCCAAAGCCAUUGGUCGAAUUCGGUAACAGACCAAUGAUUCUGCACCAAAUUGAGGCCUUGGCCAACGCUGGUGUCACAGACAUUGUUCUUGCUGUUAACUACAGACCGGAAGUCAUGGUCGAGACUUUGAAGAAGUACGAAAAGGAAUAUGGUGUCAACAUCACUUUCUCGAUGGAAACGGAACCAUUGGGUACUGCAGGUCCAUUGAAGUUGGCUGAAGAGGUUUUGAAGAAGGAUAACUCCCCAUUCUUCGUCUUGAACUCUGACGUCAUUUGCGAAUAUCCAUUCCAAGAAUUGGCUGACUUCCACAAGGCUCACGGUGGUAAAGGUACUAUUGUCGCCACCAAGGUCGACGAGCCUUCUAAAUACGGUGUCAUUGUCCAUGACAUAGCCACUCCAAACUUGAUUGACAGAUUCGUCGAAAAGCCAAAGGAAUUCGUCGGUAACAGAAUUAACGCCGGUCUGUACAUCCUAAACCCAGAAGUCAUUGACUUGAUUGAAAUGAAGCCAACUUCCAUUGAAAAGGAAACUUUCCCAAUCUUGGUCGAAGAAAAGCAACUAUACUCCUUCGACUUGGAAGGUUUCUGGAUGGAUGUCGGUCAACCAAAGGACUUUUUAUCCGGUACUGUUCUUUACUUGAAUUCUUUGGCCAAGAGACAACCAAAGAAAUUGGCCACUGGCGCCAACAUUGUCGGUAACGCCUUGAUCGACCCAACCGCCAAGAUCUCCUCCACUGCCAAGAUCGGUCCAGACGUGGUCAUUGGCCCUAAUGUCACCAUUGGUGACGGUGUCAGAAUCACCAGAUCUGUUGUUUUAUGCAACUCUACCAUCAAGAAUCACUCCUUAGUCAAAUCCACCAUCGUCGGCUGGAACUCCACUGUCGGCCAAUGGUGUCGUUUGGAAGGUGUCACUGUCUUGGGUGACGACGUUGAAGUCAAGGACGAAAUCUACAUCAACGGUGGUAAAGUCUUACCUCACAAGUCUAUCUCCGAUAAUGUUCCAAAGGAAGCUAUUAUUAUGUGA